AUCCUGUGAAUUCUAUUUGGGCAAAUAUUCUUUACUAUUUUGUCCAACUCUAUUACAAACGAAAGGAAGAACUUGUCUGCUGCCGUUAAUUUUGGCGCCAUAACCUCCCUAUUUAAAGUAUAAUGCAAUCGUUUCUAAAAUCAGGUAAAUUAGGCGACAGCGGUGGUAGCAAAACAUCGACUCCGGCAGCAAGCAAAAAGAAGGCAAGGAAACAACAAUGGGUCGAAAAAUAUCGCCCGAAAUCAGUAGAAGACGUUGUCGAGCAAAACGAAGCCGUAUCGGUACUCCAAGAGUGUAUAACCGGGGCCGACUUGCCAAAUUUGUUGUUCUACGGCCCUCCUGGCACAGGAAAAACUAGCACCAUUCUUGCCGCUGCUCGUCAACUUUUUGGAGAUUUGUAUAAAGAUCGGAUAUUGGAACUCAACGCUUCUGACGAAAGAGGCAUUCAGGUCGUUCGAGAUAAAAUCAAGACAUUUUCCCAGCUCACCGUCGGCGGAUCACGUGCGGAUGGAAAGUUCUGUCCAGCCUUAAAAAUUGUGAUCCUGGAUGAAGCGGACGCUAUGACCCAUGCAGCUCAGGCCGCUUUGAGAAGGACAAUGGAAAAAGAAACGAAAACAACACGUUUUUGUCUACUUUGUAACUAUGUGUCCAGGAUUAUUGAGCCGUUAACAUCCAGAUGUACAAAAUUUAGGUUUAAACCAUUAAAAGAAGAAUUUGUUUUUGAAAGGUUGCGUUAUAUAUCGCAAGAAGAAGGCGUGUUGGUAACGGACGAGGUUCUAAAAUCUUUGGUCGAAGCCAGUAGCGGGGAUAUGCGCAGGGCUAUAACCGCUUUGCAAAGUUGCGCUAAUCUCAUAGGGAAGGACAGCUAUAUUACAUUGGAGAGUGUUUAUGAUGUAAUGAUGGUGGUGCCGCACCAAUGGGUUGUCGACCUAAUAGGCAUGUGCCAACGAAAUGAAGGCAUCGAAAAAGUGAUCGCAUUCACAGACAAAUUAACGUUGGAAGCUUAUCCGACACAAAAGAUACUGGAACAGUUUAACGAUAUUCUGGUAAACUCGGAUGAAUUCGCGGAUAGCCAAAAAGCGGAAAUCGGGGAAUAUCUUUCGGAAGUCAGCUUCAGGAGCAUGCACAGCAAAGUUGAUUUUAUUCACUUGCUCGAUUUGAUACUGAACAUCCAGAACAUCAUCUCCCUAUCUCCAGAAGAACGGAAAGUACAGGACAACCGGCUUCGUCAAGAUACAACUGUUGAAGGACUCGCUUAAUUUUUUGUCAAUUUUUGCAUUAAGUGAUUAAAAAGUGAUUAUCAUUAAGGUUGUUAUAAUGUGGAUAUAAUUCUUGUACUGAAAUAUAUGAUAGGAUAUUCGAAUUUAUUUAUAAUUUUGAAUUUAACGAUCAAAUUUAUAUUUCUAGACGAUUAAAUAUGGAAGAUCACUUAAUCCAUUACUUGCAGAAAUUUUCAUGGACAAUUUACAAAAAUACCGUAUAUAAAAAGCUCCGAGUAAAAGUUGUCUUUGAUGGUGUAAUGUGUUUAUUUUUUUCACUGUAACUAAAAGACAAGUACACACCUCAUCAAUUCUUUACAUAAUCGUGUAAAAUUCACCAUCUAGACGAAAAACGAUAAUUCUUUAAACUCUCUGUAAUUUACUAACUAAGCAAAUCACAAAACAAAUUUGAUUUUUCUAUCAUAAGCUCUCACGUAAUAUAAAAUACAUCUAAGCACCUCUACAUGUACAAAAUGGCUUUUAAUAAUUUUGUCCGCAGCCCGCUUAAUAUACCAUUUUAUGCAGAAAGUUUUGAAAUAGAAUUAAAUUAUAUAAAACAAAUAGCUUCGAUAGAUAAGAUAACUAAAAAACAUUUAUCCGAUAUUAAAGACCGAUAAAAUACAUAGGAGAACCUAGCCAGAAACUAAAGAAACGUCUCUCUAAAUGUGAUCACAAAAACUAAAAAAACCAUGGGAAAAUAUUUAACAAACCAUCAAACUAAAUCACAAAAAAAGCAAAUUUCCGAAGUCUAAUGGAUAAAGUGUGAAUUAUGUCCUAAAAAUUAUAUCAGACAAACAAUGUGAACAUUCAAAGAACCAAUUUUUAAAUAAUAUUCAUCAAUGCUAGUUAAGAUAAUGAUACGUUUCACAAACACUGUUAGGCCCUACUGCUAGGAUCAUUUGCCCAUUGCCGACUUCCGUCGAGGAUUUUCGUUUCUGGUAAAUGACCAACACGUACAAAGAAGAAAAAUAACCAAUAACUACCGAUACCGAAAAAAUCGGCUUCCACCCGGGCCCAUCCGGCGUGAACAGCAAAAAACGACGGGGCCGACGACAAUUAUAACUUUAAAACAUGCACUGAACACUAAAAACACUAAGUCCACACAGUGGAAACUGUCGUGUUAUUGUCUAUAACAUUUUAGAUAACAUACGCCGAAUAUACGUUUUUAACACCUUUAUUUCCGUGACCUUCUACUGGCAUGGUUACCAUAGAAUCGAGUCCCGCGCGAACCAUGGAAUCUCCCUGGUUGCAUCGGUUGCCUGAUGGCACAUCCCCCUUUUUAUAACAAAGCUCGGGUUCGCGGACAAAUAACUUAAACAUAGUCGGAUAAAUAUGCAGGCCUUUUAACGUCACGCUUUGGCCUAGCCGGUGUCGCAGUUUUAUGCACUGUAAUAUCUUGCGUAACUUCAGUCUUUAGGUCGCGCACUUCACUUGAAUCACUCUGAGGGAGAGCACCCCCUUCCAUACUUGGAUUUCCGUUAGUUUCUUUUGACACACUUGGAUUAGAUUCGCGAUAUUGCUACGACGAAGAUGACGCACUACUUAGAUUAGUAUCCAACAAAUUUUGUGGCAAUCCAGUUUGGGUGUGUGGUAAAUAAUAGGGUGCUAAGAUUAGGUGCCAACGAUUUCGGCGGUAUUGACCAAAUCAGUUUCGACUACAUAAGAACGCAGUUCAUCACAAAUCUCGAUAACUUUGCCAUAUUUGCGAAUAUCGACCACCCACACUGAGUCGCCCACUUUGAGUGUGUCCAUAUCUUUAGCAUUGUGUCGUUUGUUAUAAUUCCUCUGUGAUUUGUGUUUUAAAGACUUUUCUUUUUGCAAAAAAUGCGAUUGAGGACUUAACGGUUCAUCUAAUUUGCUCGGCAAGAUGGGAAGUGUUGACCGCAAUUUUCGAUUCAUAAGAAGUUCACAGGGUGAGAACCCAUGUUCUAAAGGACUUGUCCUGUAAGCUAAUGCUAGAAAUAUGUCAUCAUUUCUAUUCUUUUUAAUCAAACGCUUUUCCGUUUGAACAGCCCUCUCCACCGCCCCAUUGCUUUGAGAAAAAUUGGGACUACAAGUAAUGUGUGUAAAAUCGUAUUUUUGGGAAAAAUCUUUAAAUUUUUUAGAAAAUUUGCUACCGUUAUCGGAUCUUACAACUUCAGGAAUACCAUAUCUGGAAAACAGUUCUUUCAUUUUUGGAAUAAUAGCAUCCUCAGUUAAACUACUUAGCUCAAAGAAUUCAAAGAACCGGGAAUAAUAGUCUACAACUAUCAUGUACCAUUUUUCGAUUUUAUAAAAAUCGACCGCGAUUUUCUGCCAUGGUCUACUUACAGUUUUAUCUUUAUAAAAUGUUUCUUUUAUGUUAUGUCGGUGUUCAACACAAUGUGGACAAUUUUUCGUGACCUUCUACUAGCAUGGUUACCA